AUGCUUCACAUUCGCCGAUGCUCCGCCGUCCAGAUCCACCAAUCUUCUCGUAAUUCCGCUCCUCCUUCUAUUAGACGGCAGGAAGCGCUCCAGAAGACUGGCGGUUCCUCACCUCCCUCUGCCGGAGAUGUUGUUGUCGUCGUGUCUCGUCACUCGGCCCCUACGAACUGUUCCGUGGUUUGUAGAACUGUAACAAGGUUAGUAGUUCUCUUAUCCCUUCCGGCACCAACUGCUAGGGAGCUAACCGGGAUUCGUGACCGGAGGUUGGUCUUGCCGGCUAAGCUGGAAUUCCCAAACCCGAGGGAACCUCCAGAUCCACCAAUCCCGCCGGAUCCGCCGCCGAGGUACCUGUCUCCGGCUUCAUAUAUUGCUCUGAAGACCCUGUCACCGUACUUCAUUGUCGCUUCUCCGGAGUUGUGGAAAUCUCGAGCCGCUAAGUCUGAUGCCCCACCCGACGCCGCCUCUGUGUUAUUGGGCCCAGUGGGCUUUACACAUGAUGGGUAUUUGCGAGCUCGAUAUCUUCUCUAUAGAGAGAAGAUCAAAGUUUUCUGGAUUCUCAAAUCCUGUAAUGUACUCUCGGUGGACGAGUUCAAUUCCACAAUCUUCCAUCCCUUUGAGCAUGGUCGUAUUUUCUUCCCUCUCAUGGAGAGUGGUCGAAUCCCCGUGCGUUAUGCCGGGAACUUCAAAGUCACUUGGUAA